AUGAAGUCCCCGUUUUCGUUCAGUAUUCUUCUAAAAUUUUCCAAUUUAUUGCAGAGGGCUGAGAGCUGCCGCAUCAAUUCUUAUCCCGGCUACUCAUUUAGUACUCGCAAUUCAAACAAUAUUACUCUUCAGUAUUGCGGACUUCGGUUGUUUCACUCCACAAGAAAAGCGCCAAAUUUAAGAAAUGAAACUCAUAUGGCCAGAUCAGCUGCUCGCAAUAACAUCCCAGUUUCGAUAUUCUCGCGAUAUUUUAAAAACGUACAGACUGUUCCAGGAAUAAACUCGAAAUUAUUUAGUAAUUCGUCAUGCUUGCUAAUCGUGGACAAAUCGGUGUCAGCGCCUUUGACCAAACGCCAGGCUCAAGAUUUAAUACUUCGACUAACCGGAGAAGAAAGGAACGCACUUCUCUGCGCACUGCAGGAAUUUCAGUCGGAGAAAAUGAAAGCCGAAUAUGAAGGACAGCUGGCCGGCAAGCGGCUGCGCUCGACGUUCGGCCGCCCCAGCAAGGUGCCGCGCCUGGGAGACGUGGACCCCACGGGCGCCUACUGCGCCGUGCCAGAGGAGUGGCUGCUCCGCAAGACCGCCGAAGCAGUUCCUCCACCGUCCUCGACCGAGCUAUGGCAAGUUGCUAUCCACAACGCCCUUCCCUUCGUUGGAUUCGGAUUUCUCGACAAUUUCUUCAUGAUUCUCGCUGGAGACUACAUCGAGGUGACGAUGGGCACGAUGAUGGUACUGUCGACGAUGGCGGCGGCGGCGCUCGGCAACACCAUCUCCGACAUCCUGGGCAUCGGCUCCGCGUGGUACGUGGAGCGCGUCGCCGCCAGGGUGGGCGUGCGGUCGCCGAAGCUCACCCCCGUUCAGCUGGACAUGGCCUCCUCGCGGUGGGCAGCCAAUAUUGGCCGCGUGUUCGGCGUGACGCUGGGCUGCCUGCUCGGCAUGACGCCGCUGCUCUUCCUCAACAAGCAGCCUUCCAGCCCGUCCCAGCAGCAGCAGGACGCAGAGCCCACAUGAAUCACCGCCACCGCUGUGACAUCGCGCAACUGUAGUUCUAGUACACCCGUAUGCCAUCCUACGUGGACAGAAAAUUUUCCUUUGUGUUCAUUGGUAUCUGGAUUGUGCUGCACAUUAGUCAGCAUGGAUUGUUUUGGAUAUGAAAUCUUUUCUCUCCUUCUGUGAACUUUCCUGUGAAUGCUAACAUGUAUAUGUGACGAAAAUGAAACACCAACACAAUUAGAUUUUAUAUAAAAAACUAAAUAAAAAGAAAUGCACCUACGGUUUAUGACACUCUCUUGUUUCCACUGCUUUUCAACAGGUAAAAUGCAUAAUAGCAAUAAAUUUUUUAUUUUAUUUACCAAUUAUCAAACGUUAUUGAUAAGUUAAGGAAAAAGCUGUUGAGGAGGUUUGGUUUGUUAUUCAUUUAGUAUUAAUCUCACACAAACCAGAACAUUUUAACCGCAUUUUAGAUUGUAAUUCCCUUUUUUACAAUUUUUGUUGCAUUAUUAUUUCUUAAUCUUUAACCAGUGUUGCACAGCUUCAAUGUAUUUAAAGCUCGCCAUGACGAAGCCACUAAAAGAUGCUGUGAUGUGUAUUUAUUUACUGAUAACUAUUUGUGGUCAAGUCCCAGAUUAACUUUACCUCAGAUUAAAGGAGGUUUUCUUCACAUCAAACACAUAACUGGAAACAACCAUAUUAAACCUUAUGAAAUGGUAAUCUGAGACUUGAAGAUGAUUACUUGAUACACAGGUUGUCCAUAAAUAAAUCCACAUUACGGCAGCUUUCAAUGGUUUUGUGAAGUCACUUUUUAAAACUAUUUCUUUUGUAUCAUUUUAUGGCUGACCAUUAUGUCUUCUGUUAUUUUCUGUAACGUUAUUUUAAUUAAUUUUUCGUCGUGGUUGAAUGUUUGACUUCUGGGGUAUGCUCAGUCUUUGAACAAAAAAUUUUUGUGAAAUAAAUAUAAGAAAAGAACUUAAUAAGAGUAACCAUAGUUCUUUCAUAUAUGGAACAGAGUCUAGCCACCUCCCUACUCUGUAGAAGUAAGUUUCGUUUGUGCUGACGACGAUGAUAACCACAUAUCUCUUGUGAUCUAAGACUUUAUAACAUACUUGAUGAUUAAACAAUUCUGUGUGCUGACGGAUCUGCUUAUCAGAGCUUCAGACGACAGAAAAAUAUUUCUUGACGAGGUCCUGUAGCUGGGUCACAUCAGUGUUUUAGUCCUAGCCAUCUUACAGAAACCAAAAUUUGCUAAGGAGCCCCUGAAUUGCUUUACUGUCCUUGCAAAUCUCUUUUUCUCCUUCUUCUUAAUUUCAAAGCAGUGGCUAUAAUCAGUGGAAACCUUACCCUUGUAUUAAGUAUGCUAAUGAUUCUCAGACACAAUUUAACACAGAGUACAUAUGCAAAAAUGUAGGCUACAUUAUUUGUUCUACAACAGCAAAGGUAAAAUAACGUACAUGUUGUCAACAAAUAAAAUUGUUGGUCAACUAACAAAACUCUUUAACAAAAUACUGUUAUUGUUAUUUUUGAGAUAUCUUCUAAUGUUACAUGGUUUGCUUGUUAAGGAAAGAAAAUAAUAUGGUUUGUUAAAUGGUUUGCACAACAAAUUUGUAGUGUUACAGUACGUCAUUAUUUGAUUAUCUUUGUGAGUUCUCUUGCACCUCAUCAUCAGUUUACGAUUUUUUGAAGACUGAAGAUAAUCUGUGAAUGUAUAAACCCAUUUCAUGCAGUCACUAUUCCAAAAAUGAACAUUAAUCCUCUCUAUUAUAAUAAAAAGAUGAUCCCAAUGUUUUUGGAUAGACAGUUAUAUUUACUGCUGUUAAUUGUUAUUUCUGUCUUCACAUACAUUAAUUUGUAGAUAAACUGUUUGACAAUAUAAUAUUUUAAUGUUUAGCUUAAAGAAUUAUAAUGUUGGUCUCAUUGUUAAUAUAAACUUAUUGUUUAUUUUUGUUAACAGAAUAAUAUAUGUAUAUAUCUAUGUUGUAAAAAUAUUUAUUUUUAGCAAAUUUAUGAUAUUGCUUGAUUGUUCUGACAAAAAGUAUGAUAUAUUUUAUAAAUUAAAUUUUAAUUAAUUUUUAUUGAAUUAAAUGAAUUACAGCCUAACUACCAAUAGCUAUACAUUGUAACAGAUUGCUGUCAUUCAGCAAGUUCUCUAAAGAGACUUUUUUUUGUUUCUCAGAUGUAUAGUUUGGAAUUGAAGCCUAUUAUAAUUCAUAGCAUCAAAAAUUAUUUCUGUGAAACGAAAUCUACAUGUGCUUCAU